CCCAAAACAACUGUAAACAUCAUGGCGGACGAAAUGAAGAAGCACCUUGUUCAGCUGAUGUCUCGAGUUCAAGGCCUUCAAGCCAUCGUUUUCACGGACCGCGAGGGCGUACCUCUGAUAAAAGCUUGUACUGAAAGUGCUCCAGAACAUGCACUGAGGGGGAGUUUCUUGGCCACGGUGGGCAUGGCGAUGUCACAGGGCAACAAGCUUGGCCUCGGGAAGUGCAACAAAAUGGUGUCCUCCUAUGGAAAUUACCAGGUCGUCAGCUUCAACAGGCACCCAUUAACGAUUACCCUUGUCGCCAGCAGUACUGCAAAUACAGGCAUGAUUCUGAACCUUGAAGAGGACCUUACUACCAUCUCACAGAGCCUGCGGAGUGUGGUGGAGACUUCAUAGCACCUGUGCAGAAACAGGUGACUGACGAGAAUUGUUUAUUGGUGAUAUCAUCU